UAGGAUUUUGUCAGCUUUCCCGGAGCCACCACCAACAAUGGCUGUUUCGCUCUCGUCGUCGUCGUCGUCGACGAUCACUUCCAUUACGCUGCAGCCGAAACCGAAAACGAUUUACGGCUUAGGGACAGUAAACUUCGGUGGUUAUUCGGUGAAUUCUCACGGCGUCUCUCUCCGGCGAAGCGCCGUGGUCGUGUCGGCCAUCACCGGCGCUUCAGGAACUGAAACUGCAGAUUUGCUAGAGACAGUGAAAGUCUCGGACUUGAGAGGAAACGAGAUUCCCAUCUCUGAUUUGUGGAAGGAUAGGAAAGCUGUUGUUGCAUUCGCUCGUCAUUUCGGAUGCGUGCUGUGUCGGAAACGAGCAGCUUAUCUUGCGGAAAAGAAGGAUGUGAUGGAUGCGUCUGGUGUUACUCUUGUUCUCAUUGGACCUGGAAGUAUCGAUCAGGCCAAAACUUUUGUGGAACAGACAAAAUUUGAAGGAGAGGUGUAUGCGGAUCCAAACCACGCAUCAUACGAGGCGCUUAAGUUUGCUUCAGGGGUUUCUGUGACAUUUACUCCCAAAGCUGCUAUGAAGAUAAUAGAGUCUUACAUGGAAGGAUACCGCCAAGACUGGAAACUCUCGUUUAUGAAAGAUACUGUUGAAAGAGGCGGCUGGCAACAAGGUGGAAUCCUAGUUGCUGGGCCUGGGAAAAACAACAUCUCUUACAUCCGCAAGGACAAAGAAGCUGGAGAUGAUCCGCCUGUUGAAGAGAUCCUAAAAGCGUGUUGCGCUUAAAAAGACAUCAUUGUUCUUUAUCGUAGAGUCAAGACUCUCUCCUCUCCUCCUGUAGUUUAUAGGGGACAUAAAACUUUGAUAUACUUCGUUCAAUAAAACGUGUUCAUUUGGUAUGUAUUUGUAAAGACAUAAAACCCGAUACAUAUUGGGUGUAGUGUAUAUAUCUCUCCUUGUCGUUGCAGUAAAGCUUGGUCAAAAUUUGAUACAAGUUUGUGCUC